GUCACACAGCUACACACAACACAACACACAGUCAUUUUCUGUGAUCACCCUUCAGGUAAGGAGAUCACACCAGGAAUCCUCAUAUCAAGGAGCUAACAGAGAGGAGGCGAACAACUCUGACUCAACCCUCAGACGAGGGAGAAAGACCUCCCCAGACCGUUACCUCGAUGCUGUAUGAAGGUGGAGUCAUUUGGGAGUAGAGAGAGAGAGAUGAGGAGAGAGCGAGAGGAGCAGGGCAACAGAAGACAGAUGGAUUAUCUGACAUGCGCCUGGAUUGACCAACGUUCCCUUUUUAAGUCUUGAAUCUUGUUUUUGCUCCUCAGAGUGAAAUCUGAAAGUGCUUUCCUUCACAUGUGGAGCGUAGCAGCUAUCAGACAGGUAGAUUGUGUGGUGCACCGUUUUUUAUUUCACUGGAACUAAGGAGUUUUACACAUGGCAAAGUUUCUACCUGGAUAUCAGUGAACUUUAUAUUUUUUGGAUUUUCUUUCUCUUUUCCUUUCUUUUUUCUUAAAUUGAGCAACUGCCUGGAAAUACAAAGGUCCCACUGGAGCAGCCAAGCAUAUUAGUCAUAAUUUUACUAUUUAGAAAUAAAUAGAAAGUGGAAAAACAGGUUUGUUACUGGAAUACACACAUAGUAAUUGGUGUAUUGUUGUUGUUUGUUUGUUUUUUUUACGUAAUCUUUGUUCACUCAGACUGUAUUUAUUUUCCAAAACAGACUUGGACUGCAGAUUUUCUGAUAAUCUGCCUAAAACCUUUUUAACAGAGGACAAGAGAAUUUGGUGGAAUAUCAGUGUGAAACACUGUGACUUGUUGAACAGUCAAAAAUAAUUCAGAGGGAAAUCUACAAAAUUCAUACAGGUGCUAAAUAAUUUGGACUCUGCAGGGGGACCAUGCCUCUAGUCCUCCACACAGCACACUACCAUGAUCAGAUGGGCUGCUGGAGGGAGUAAGGCUGCCUCUGCCUCGUCCUGCUCCAGGGCUGGGUUAGGGGCUCGUUCUGGUUCUGGGACCAGCUCCAGACUAAGGUCAUCAACGCUGCUUUCCUCCCUGUCUUUGCCUCUUCUGGUUUCCCUGGUGGUUUUCUUUUUCUGCCUACCUGGGGUGGCCUGUCAUCAGCCCCGUAGAGACAGACUGAGGCUCACCAACCCACAAACUCUGAGGGCCCCACUGAACAUUUCUGAGACUGAGGUCGUCUCUAGGCCAAGGGCCACUGGGGGCCCCCUGGGUCGGACUGGGGGACCGCAGGGUAGGCAUGUGCGCAGCUACACUCAUCUCCAGGGGGACAUACGGAGGAGGAAGCUGUUCUCUUUCCAGAAGUUUUUCCUGAGGAUCGAUAAGAAUGGAAAGGUCAAUGGAACCAAGAGCAAGGACGACCCCCUCAGUAUUCUGGAAAUCACAUCGGUGGCCGUGGGAGUGGUGGCCAUCAAAGGGCUGAACAGCAACUACUAUCUGGCUAUCAGCAGGAAGGGAGAACUGUACGGAGCGAGAGAGUUCAAUGUCGACUGCACCCUGAAAGAGCGGAUUGAGGAGAAUGGCUACAACACGUACGCAUCUUCAAAGUGGAGGAACAAGAAGAGGCAGAUGUUUGUGGGUUUGAAUGUCCAUGGAAAGCCACUGAGAGGGAAGAAAACCCGCAGGAAGAACAUGGCCACCCACUUCCUCCCAAUUGUGGUGUGAAGUGAAGAACUCAACUGGAGAAGGAGGAUAUGCAGCACUGGACUGAGAGGUUUUUAAUACUGAAAAAAAAGCUGUAAAAUUAAGACAUUCACUGAGAAAUCUCUCAAUUGGAAACAAGGCACUAACACUGUUACACAAAAAUAUCAUCUUUGCUCCUGACUUUGACUGAGCUCAUGUACUUUAUUUGGUGGGAGGAGAUGAUCUGUGUUUUCUGUGGCACGGGAUGCAAUAUUUAUCCUUUUUUUUUCUGUGCCAAACAGUUUGCAACUGGAGUUUGUGUGUAAUGUGGACAACACAGGAGAUACUGUCCCAGCUAAUGAACUGUGGUAGAUGCAGAAGUAUCUCAAUAUGUUAUUUAUAUUCCAUAUUCUCCUGUGAGACACUAGAUAAUCUGGAGGAGAGGGAUAGGAUAUGGAUAAGAUGAGGGAAACGAUCGGUCAGUUUUUUCACGACAGCAUUAAAUAAUAGAGGAUACAACACAUUUAAAGCAAAUGUUUGAUACUUAACCACUGUGUUUUGACUGUAUUGUAAUGAUUUAUUUAUUUUGUGAAAUAUUUAACUGGAGGGGAACACUUACAAGGCAAU